UUUAUUUCAUAUGUUUUCACUGUUUUAUACAUUAUUUAUAAAUAAAAUAAUAAUUUAUUUUUAUUGUUAUUAUUAUAUAUUUAUUUAUUCAACAAUUAAUACAAACAAUUGUUUUGCAAAUUGUGGUCAAUAUUAUCACUAAUUAUGUCCGAAACAGAUAUCAGCGAAGAAGUGCUCAUCAAAUCAAUCAGAGAAAUCCUGGUUUCGGCUGAUCUUAAUGUGAUGACAGCCAAACUCGUGAGGAAUGAACUCAAGGCUAAACUCAAUGUCGAUAACUUGGACUCACAGAAGAAACAAAUCAAUUCAAUCAUUAGUGAUGUGAUCAAUGAAUUGAAUCAAACAAAUAAAGACAAAGACAAUGGCGUGAAGAAGAAGGACGUGAAGAAGGAGAUCAAAGAAGAGGUGACAGAAAAGGCCAAAGAAGCGGUCGAAUCAGACAAAGAGAGUGACGACAGCUCUAGUGAUGAAGACAUUACUGACGAGGGUUUGGCCCGAAAGCUACACAACGAAGAGCUGGACUCUAAACGAAGAGUUACGCGAAAUAACAGAACCACUAAAAAGAGCUCUUCGGCGAAGAAAACUAAGAAAACCAAAAAGAAAGACAAUUCCGACGAUUCGGACGAAGAGAAGCCUAAAAAGCAGCGAAAGAAUGGAUACCUAAAGCCGUGUGUAUUGUCCACAGAAUUGGCCGACUUUUUCGGAGAAUCGGAGAUGGCCCGACACGAAGUGGUCAAACGGAUCUGGUCUUAUGUCAAAGAGAAUAAUCUUCAGGAUCCGAAGAACAAACAGUUCACUAUAUGUGACGACCAGUUACUCAAAAUCUUCGGUCGAAAGAGAUUUCGUAUGUUUGGAAUGAUGAAGAUUUUGGCCAAACAUCUAAACUGACAAAUCGUUUUCGACUAUUAUUUUCAUCGACAGAAACAUUUAAUUAUCGCUAUAUUUUUCAUUGGCAUCGAAAGCAACUCAUCAUUUAAUUUAGUCAUUUUCGACACUAAUUUUUUAAAUUUCUUUAAAUUAAUCAAUGAAUUAAUUGAUCUUUUUUUGUUAUAAAAGACAGCAAAUAAUUAAAUAUUUAGACGAAAAUUAAUGAUAUUAUAUAUAAUAAAUAUAUAUAAC